ACCUAAUGUGCUGCUCACAGCUUGGCUCUAGCAGGGUUGCUUGUUUUCGUUACUUGCCUUGUAAGCAAGAAGGUUUCUCUCUCUCUUGCAGAGCUUGGGUGUAGGGGUAGGAAACUUCUUUGAAUAGAGGUGAAUCCAAGUGUCUCCCUCAAACCUUGGCACUGCAGUUGCAACAUCUACCAUCACUGCUUGGAAAAAAACAUCUGGUGCAAUCAAGGCACUGCACAGAAGAGCAUGGAGAAAUUCAGAAGUAUUUUUCUUUUGUGCCUUGGCUUCCUCCUAGUCCAUGUGAGAGGUCAAGAUGAUUUUGAUUUAGCUGAUGCCCUUGAUCACCCUGAUGACAUCAUCACCAGGAAACCCACAGUGAUCAGAAGACCGACAAGACCUGUGUACAACAACGAUCUGCAUUUAGGAGAUGCUCUUGGUGGGGGUGACAUCUCAAGAAAACCUUUAUACCCACCUCUUCCACCACGCCCAGGAAGCUAUGGCAAUUCUGGAGGUUUUGAUGACUCAGAUCUGAUUGGCGGAAAGCCUUUACCACCAGGAGAUCAGGAGCAUCAUUUCAAUCAUGGAGCGAACACAGAUUCAGGUUUAAUUGCUGGAGUUACAUCUCCUGUAAUUUCUGCUUUUGUGAUACUGAUUGUUGGAUCCAUAGCAGCCUACACUGCUUACAAGAACAAGAAACUCUGUUUCAAACCACGUGGUGGGGCUGCAGUGUAAAGCACUGCAAGAAGAGUUGCUGUCUGAUCACAGGCUCCUUUGGUUGGUGACAUUCUACACUGCCAUUCUGACAGAAGAAAAUCUUCCCCUAACGAAUGUUUUCUUGAGACAUUGCAGUCCUGCUCUCUGUAACCUGAUGUCACUUUUGCACCUCAAGCUUUAUGUCAUCAAAAAUAUGCUUAAGACAUCCAGGGAUUGUAUUGCACUCUCUGACCUGCAUUCAUAAAGGCUGGAUACAGAUUUUGACUCAGAAGUUAUCAUAAACAACAAAGAAAUCAAGUUUGAUAUAAGCUAAAAAUCAAAGGAUUCAGGUUUGUGAGGAUUUGAGUCACCGAAUAAUUUUUUUUUCUGUUUUCAAAAUUAGCCAAAAAAACCCUCAGUCCUUCUGAUAGAAUAGGAAUAAGGAGUUUGCCAUUUCCUUUCACACCUGUUGGGUUUCUCCAGUAUAUUUCUGUAAUGUUUACUAUGUUUAAAGAAAAUUUGUAGUUGUCUAAAGGAUUAAAAAUUUGAAUGCCUUUA